AUGAUGUGGGACAUCAUGAAGGAUCGCAAGCAUCAACGUGCUUCACGACAGCCCAACGUGAGCAAUUGUCGAUGUCAGGAGGAAGAGCUGCAAGACCUACGACGACAAGACACGGAAGAUCAGGCCAAUCUUCAGAGGAAGCGUGCAGAAGAGGCCUUGGCCCUUGGAGCCUUGCAGGCGAAGACAGCCGCGGAGCUGCGCGCCUUGGAGGUCUGCAGCUCUCAUCUCCAUCGCCUGGGCCGAGAGAUGACGCAGGAAGCCGCGUCUUUGCAACUCGAACGUCAACGCGAGUCUCCUGGCGUUUGA